ACUGUCAGCUGUGCGUGAGGCAACAAGAGCAGGAGAUUGUUUGUUUACAUGUUCAAACUCCCUUUUCUCUCUCAUUAAAUCCACGAGGAGCCUGAAGUUUAUUCCCAAGCACUUGUGAGCACUUUUGAAUGGUUCAAAGUGUAAUGCCUAGUAUAACAGGGCCGUUCGUGCUGGGCGGUGGAAGUAGCGGAGCCGGAGACAGGGAGAGCGGCGAUGGAGGAGGCAACCGCGGCGGAGGGCGGAACAGCAGCGUGUCAAGGCCAAUGUCAAACGAGGAGUGCGGCAUCCGGGAGGUGUGGGCUCACAACAUGGAGGAGGAGUUCCACCACAUUCGCCGCAUUGUGCACCAGUACCCCUAUGUGGCCAUGGACACAGAAUUCCCUGGCGUGGUGGCACGGCCAAUAGGCGAAUUCAGAAGUAACGCAGACUACCAGUAUCAGUUGUUGCGGUGUAAUGUGGACCUCCUGAAGAUCAUCCAACUAGGUCUAACAUUCCUCGACGAACAAGGAAAGACGCCGCCGGGGUUCAGCACUUGGCAGUUCAAUUUCAAGUUCAAUCUCACGGAGGACAUGUAUGCUCAAGACAGUAUAGACCUGCUACAAAAUUCUGGCCUACAGUUCAAAAAACAUGAGGAAGACGGAAUAGAACCCGUCGACUUUGCCGAGCUCCUCAUGACCUCGGGAAUCGUCCUCUUCGACAAUAUCAAGAUGCUGUCCUUCCACAGUGGGUACGAUUUUGGCUAUCUGCUGAAGCUCUUGACAGACCAGAACCUGCCCUGUGAAGAGAGUGAAUUCUUCGAGCUUUUAAGACUUUACUUCCCAUCAAUAUACGAUGUUAAGUACCUGAUGAAAUCCUGUAAAAAUCUCAAGGGAGGCCUGCAGGAGGUGGCCGAGCAGUUAGAGCUGGAGCGCGUGGGGCCACAGCAUCAGGCAGGGUCAGAUUCUCUUCUCACAGGUGCUGCGUUUUUCAAGAUGAAAGAGAUGUUCUUCGAGGACAAGAUUGAUGAUGCAAAAUACUGCGGCCACUUGUACGGCUUAGGAACAUCUUUUGUUGUUAACGGAAACUCCAACACCUCCUAUGACAACGGACACACCUCGGACUCCACCUCGAAUUCAUAGGGCAAGGUCGCGGUGCCGUCACUGGCGCAAGUGCCAUGUACACAGACCAACACAGACCAAUAACGUCCCACGGAAGAACUUUUCCCCC